AGUCGCUUCAAUCUCGGGAAUCGAGAGUGAAAUUUGCGAAAGGUCGGAAUCAGUAUCUAUGCCAGAAAAUUUAACGAGUGGGAUGUCGACUUUAUCCGCAUCCAGCGUAGCCAAUUUGGCGACUAGCGUCGGUGCAUUGGGUGAUAUACGUCAACAAUAUCUGGAAGAGCAAAUCUUGGAGGACCAGACAAAUGAAGAAACUCUAAAGGAGAAAGAGAAUGAGAAGGAAAACGCCGAGGAAAAACAAAAGGAGUCAAAGUAUAAGAAAUUUGUGAAGGAGCUUCUGGACAUGUCGCUCGUAAAAAAUUGGGCUUUCUUGAAUAUAUGUUUUGGCGUUUGCUUUGUGUCCACUGCCGACUUUGACUUCUCCUCUUUUCUGCCUUUAAUCACGACCAAAUUGGGAUACACUGCACAAGAAACUGAGUUAACUGUUUGGAUUAAUGGAAUUGCUGAGCUGGUGUCGAGAGUUUUACUAGUAUCUUUCACAAUGAUAGUGGAUGUAAAGCCAAAAUAUCUGUUCUUCGCGGGUAUGAUUUUGAUGGGAUUUGCAAAACUAGGUUUUUUAUUAUGCGAGCAUACGCUUAAGGGAGUGUUAAUUACGACAGCGUUAAUCGGUUUUGUUCGUGCGUGGCUGUUGGUUUCACAGUCUAUAGUCAUUAUCGAUGAUGUUAGCAUAGAAAAGUUUGCCUCGGCUUACGGUUUCUUUGGAAUGAUUUCUUGUUUACUUUCUUUAACCUGCAGCGCCACCGUAGGACUUAUUAUUACUGGGAACUAUGAUAUGUAUCAAGUCUUUCUACUAGUAUUACAAUGUACAUUCAUUAUACCUUGGGCUCUACAGUUUAUCUUUGUGCAUCUUAGAGAACGACGAAGGCCACAUGCACAGAAUAUUAUUAUAUAGUCUUUAUCCAAAAAAGAAUAUAGAAUAUAUGUCAGGUAUUUUAUUAUAAAUUUUUGACCCACAACUCAUCGAACAUGUUGGAAGAAAAAACAAUUAUCAAUUAAAGUACAUUAUCGUGCUUGUUUCUUCUAUAAUACUAUUAGUUUUAUUAUUUAGCUUUAUUAUUUGCCAUCUUUAAUAUA